AUGGUUGCCGACGCUCUCGUCUAUCACCCUGCGCUCGCGCACUGGCUGCGCUUUGUCGCGACUACCGUCGGCCGCGACAAGCUCCUCCGCACAAUCCAAUACUUCUCCCGCUUCUACGCCUGGUACCUCUACCGCACCAACAAGCCCCAGUCCGCCAUCGACCCCUACAACGCCGUCAAGAAGCAAUUCGGCACCACCCGCAAGAUCCUGCGCGUCGGCAAAUUCGCCGAACACCUCAAGGCCGCCUCCCUCGGCUAUGCCGGAUACCUGUCGCUGGAUAUGGUGACGGUCGUGGACGCGAUCGGGUACCGCAAGUUGGCGAGUGUGAAGCGUCUGCAGGAGAGCGCUUACCGGUCUUGGGCGGCGGGUCUGGCGUGCAGUGUUGUUGCGGGUGUUUAUACGUUGUUCCGGUUGCAGGAGAAGGAGAAGACUGUUGAUCGGAAGGAGGGUGAGGGUGUUGUUGAGGCGAAGAAGAUUGAGAAGGAGCGCGCUGCUGCUCGGAUACAACUCAUCUCUGACCUGUGCGACUUGACCGUGCCCGUCUCUGCUCUGGGCAUCGCCCAGCUUGACGAUGGUCUGGUUGGUCUCGCCGGUACCGUCAGCUCGCUGAUCGGAGUGUGGUCGCAGUGGCGCAAGACCGCAUAA